CGGCAGAAAGCCAUUGCCCUCUAUUCGGGAAGUUUUUUCUGAAGUUAGACGUGAGGAGUCAAGGAGAAAAAUCAUGCUGCGCAACACCGAACAUGGUUUCAAUCUGGAACCUGAGGGCUUUGCUCUUGUGUUAAGAGGUGUUGAUUCUGACAACGACGGGUGCAAGAAACCGUGGUGCGAGCAUUGCAAAAAACCAUGGCAUACGAAGGAGACGUGUUGGAAGCUUCAUGGUAAACCAGUAAAUUGGAAGCCAAAAUCCGAACGUGACGGUCGCGCCUACCAAGCCACUGCUGAAGAGACUCAGGAGCCUUCUACCAACUCGGAUGCAGUCUCUUUUACCAAGGAGCAAUUAGAGCACCUGUACAAAUUGUUUUCUCCAAAACUGUCCUUAACUCCGUCUUGUUCUUUGGUACAGAAGGGAAUUGGCCACGGGGAGGAUGAUUGGCAGUGCUAAGGAAAAAGAUGGACUCUAUUAUUUUGACGAUGGACCUGACUCGAGUAGACGAUGUCAAAGUACUUCCUUAAAUUCUGUUUUUGUUUCCAAAGAUAAUGAUAUUAUGUUAUGGCAUUAUAGGU